GCUGUCAUUCGAUCGCGAUUAAUCGAUCGCCGUGUGCAAUGGAAGAGGGCUGCGCGUUUUGCAGUUGCUUCAAAAAGGAGCUGAACAAGUGCGCGAAGAAGCCGCCCAAAGAAGCGCCGGGCUGCAAGGACCACCUGCACAACUGGGAAAGAUGGCUGGACGAACGCAGGAAAAUCAACCAGUCCCUAUCGAGGCGCCUGAACUGCCCCAAAGGGGAGCUGCUCAUGAACACCAUCGAAGAGAAGCGGAAAAUCAUCGAGGAAAAAACGCUGUUCGUCAACGAGAGGAAUUAUGCUUACAACGAUAAGUAUCGGGGAAAUCCCGAAUGGUUCAAUUUGCCGCCUAGAUUGUACCAGUACUGCAGGAACGAGCCCAUUAUAGAAAUCGUCAGAACCCAGGAAGAGAUGAGGGAAAUCGUGCCAAUCGUUUACAUCGAAACGCCUACGGAUAUUCUCAAAGAAAAGGAUAUCCUACCCAGAACCAGGAACCUCCUGCUGCGAUGGCAAAAGGGCAGCUACAGGCAGCAGGUGUUCCAGAGAAUCAGGAAGAAAAUGCGAUUCCUGGAGCCCCACAGACCGAAACUGUCUGAACUCAUGGUAACAGGAACUUCCAUAGGCGGAAAUAAAGAGGCAAAGCAAGGCGGGUGCUUGCCGGUUUGUCCGAAAGAUUCCUGCACAAAAAGACAGGAGUGUCGAGUUAACACAGUGGUCAGUAAACACGAGCCUCACGUAACCGAGGUGUGCCACAAUUGCCUCGAAAUGACCACAGCAAUUCACUCGAUUCCUAUGAUUGGGUUGAAGAUCAACGGGAACGCGGUGACUCUAGCUUCGAAAAAAGAAAGUUUGAAGUUGAUAUUUUUGUUCCAAUCCGACGUCAUACCGCUCGUUCCGAUGGAGAAGCUGGUGGUUUUGGAAAAUAUGGGAUCGACCACGUUGAGGAUACACUUCAAAAAAAAGAAGAAGUUUCCGAUUUUCGGCGAUAUUAUUCCCUAUCGGAGACAAAGCUCGCCGUUUUUCUUCAACAAAAACGAGAUUAUCCUGUUGCCUUUCCAAACCAUUCAGUUACCCAUUUGGUUCAAGACGCCCAAAAUCGGAAAUUUCAACGAAACGUGGAAUGUAUCAACCCUACCAGAAUGCUGCAACCAUCCUAUAUACUUUUUCCUACAAGGAAUCGUGCAAAUCAGAGAGAACAUACAAAAAGAACAACAGAUAAAAUCGAUGAUAGAGGCGAGAACGCGCUACACGCUGGUUAACGAAAUGAUUAUGAAUCUCAUAGAAGACACGAAAUCCGAGCAGCAGCCUACAUUGACCUACUACUACACAGAGAAAGACCUAUUCGAAUCGAUAAACAUGGAGAAAUGGGGCGUCGUGACGCGUCCCAAGUACUUCUACGUCAAAGACGUGGUGAACAAGCUGAAGGAAUUGUACGAAACGGUGAAGAAAGCUGAUGAUCCGCCCGUUUGGGAUUUGUCCCUUCAAACUCUGAAGGAAAUCGUACGGAAGAGGGACGUAUCAAAUUACGUGGAGAGCUUGUACAAGGAUUGCAAAAAGAUGAAGGAACGAGCCGAGUACCUCAAGGAUUUGUAUGACAAUCCGUUAACGGAAUUUAAAAUCAGCAAGAGCAGCUCGAAAAUGCUUCAAAUGAGUACUCACUCGAACAUCGAUACCAUCAAAAGCAACGAGCGCCUGGUGGCUUACGAGAAUUACCAGAAAUUCACGAAGCUGGUGCACCAGCUGACGCGCACAAUGAUGAUCCCGAACAAAGACCGGCAGAAAUACGCCAUGGUGUAUUUCAUUUGGAGAUUCUACAUGGCGAAGAUCGCCAAGGAUUUGGGCGGUUACAACAGAAAUUUCGCGGAUAUAGUGACGAGCGUUAAUUAUUACGAAAUACAAGACGUGGAAAAUUUACCAGAAAGAUUGAUUUUCGAACGGUUCGACAACAUUUGGACCAAACGCAUGCGUGUGGAAAGAUUCAAAACUGAUUUUUCGAGGAUCGGCAACUCGGACAAACGCAAACCCCCUUGCCUGGAUGGCAUAUCGUUCGAUAACGUGGAGGAAAUCCACCAAACGUAUAUGGCCAGGAGAUUAUCAACAGAUACAAAGAAGAAGAAGGAGAACAAGGACGAAGCGGUGACCAAGAGCAAGCUGAAUUUGCACAAAAUCAACUCUACUCCAGUGGUCGAGUACAAUCCUUACAUAGAAAUACCGAUGCCGCCUUCUCCGUUUCUCAAAAAACCGGAGCCCAACGAAUCGGCGGGGAAGGUGCCCAAUAACUCCUCACAUUCCAGCCUCCAUUCUACUAACAAGGACUACCAAGAGAGGUAUCUAAUUGUAUAUACCAAUCUUUGUAUGGCAGUCGAUGCAAUGAUAAACAGUUUGGAAACGAUGGCGGAAAAGAACAUCCCCAUACCGACCCUGGGCGAGCUGGCCAGCUGUAAAUUCGUCUCGAUCGAGACAGUCUACAAGGCACAGUCGGGCUCCAAGCUGAGCUUGACCAGAAAGGAGUCCGAUUAUUACAAGUACCUGACCAAAACCUACAUGGAGAACCCGAAGACGCUGGAGUUCUUCGUCAAAGGCAAGACCCUGCCGGUGUACGAGAAGCUGCAGGAGUUCUUCCAACGCAACACCUCCCUGGUGUCGGGCUGGGCCUCGCAGGAGUACUUGGUCGGCGAAGUCAAACAAGAUGAUUACGCCGACGUUGCGGUACAAACCAUCGACACGAGGGAGGAGUUAGAUCCGAUAUCGAACGUCCUGCUGAGAGUCGAGUCCGAUGAAAUACGAAGGGACAGCUCCGACGAGCGUAUGAUGCACCACGAUUACGGCGAUGCCGACAAGGAUGAGGAAGUUUUCUAUAUAGUCGAUAGCAAUGAGCGCACGCCAGAAGAAGAGUCAGUGCAGGACGAUAGCAAAAAGUCCUUGUGGUAGAUUAGAAACUAAUAAAAUUGUACGGAAU